AGAGCCCACACCACACACGGGUCUCUGCGCUUCACCAGAAAGCAGACAACUAUGACGUCAAAUAUUUACAUAUGGAUGAAAAUAUGGGUCUGGGCGAUGUUAUGGGCGUGUUCUACGCCAGCAUCCAGGGCUUAUGUGGAGGAGAAUUUGACUGUGGGCGUGAAUUCCGAGUUCUGCGAACACAAUGACACCACACUCUUCUGUGAUUAUAAAACUACAGACAAGAGUGUUUGUAUGCCUGAAGAGCUUGGCUCAUCGGUCCAGGAGGUGAUUGUGACCAACGCUGAGAAACUGCAACUGAGUGAAGGUGUGUGUGUCAACGUUACAAUCAUUAAUGUACCCGACGUUGAUUUGGUGAAGAGCGAGAGGGACCACUGUGGGCCUCAUCUCAAAUUCUCAGCUAGACUAUCAACCUUGGACAGAUUACCGAGCCAAUUUAGUCAUGUCGAACUAAAACAUUGCAUCGUCACCUCGCUGGCCACAUCCAUCAAUAUCACAAACCUCAUUGUCGCCAAUUCCAAUGUUACGACUCUCGACCUCGCCAGCCCUCUACAGCAAGGCGUCUCAGUUGAUUUGAUCUCAACCAAAAUAGAAACUCUCACGAAACUGCACGUAAAGAAAGGUUCAAAUCUUCAGAUUCUGAAAUCAUCUGUGGAUCAUAUUGCCUCACGGGGGCUAAUUAUCGAGGGCAACGUCGUCUUGAAUGAAUCGUCGACAAAUACGUCACUGAAAGACAGUGUCGUUAUGCUUCCUGGAGCUACACUGGCCCUUAACAAGCACGCUGGUAACCUGGAAGUAAUGGCCACAUUACCUGAGUCCUGCAACCAGUUACAACAUAAUGAGCCUUCUACAGGUUACUUCAUAGCAUUUGUUGUAUGCCUCACAUUAAUGUUCCUUGUGAUUAUAGCUAGCGUCAUAUACAUUUUUGCAGUUCAAAAGUCUACCUGGUCCUUCAACAAAAAUCAAAAUGGUGCGAGAGGCAAUGAUCUUUCCAAGAGAGAUCCAGAACGACCUUAGAUGGUGUAGCGUUUACUAGUUCUGCCGAAGUAACACCGGAGAAUGAAUUAUUCGAGACAUUAGCAAACUGUUAGAGAAAGGUUUAGCAAAAAAAAAAAAUGCAGAAAGAAUUGGAAAAGCCGAGAAAACUCUGCAAGAGGUACAGGAAGAAUUAGACUUGUAUGAUAAACAGGUUAUAGUAAAGG